GCGCGUGGGUCGGGCGCCCGGCGCGGCCGCGUGCGCGCGGGAGGCGGGGGGUGUGUGCCCGCGCGGUCGCGGGAGGGGGUGUGCAAUGCACGCAGCGGGCCAGGGGGCGGGGCGGGCCUCGGACCCCCGGCUCUCCGGAGUCCGAUGGAAGGACUGCGGGAGGACACACGCGCGAGAACCCAGGCCGGCCCCGCUCUGCGCCCACGCGUCGAGAAGCUGCUCGUCGUCCCCGCCGGCCGCUCGUCCCGAUCGCCUGAGCUCAGAGUCCGCAAUCAGUACAGCCUUCUUCCUCCAAAGCGCACCAGUGCCGACUGGGUACCCACGCACUUGUCACCGCUGUUACACUUAAAAAAAAAAUCUUUUGACCUUUCUUUUUCUGACUCCAGCGGAAAUCCUGCUCCGGGUACCCUUAGCCCAGUUUUAUUCAUCCAAGUUGUGGCCUUGCUUGUGCUUUCCGAAGACAUUCCCCAGCAUUUGCUUGAUCUUGAGGUAGGGACUUUCAGGUUUGGAGGGAUGAUAACCAGCAGCAGCCGGGCCACAGACUGAGGUCGGCGGCGGCGGAGAGACAGCUAUCUUCAGCUUCUGUUCAGAGUCAGGCACUUCUCUGUCGUCGCUGAAAUCCCCAUUCUUCUGAGACAAUUCGGUAAUGUAGUGUGCUUUCAUGCACUCUCCCUCCGUUGCAGGUACAAUUUAAAACAAAACAAAAGCAACCGUUGUGCCCUUUCUGAGCUCUGGAAGCAGCUUUCUUUUAGCCCUGGGCAAGUAGGCUUUGGGUCAAUGUCAAGCUUCAGUUUGAACACACUUUAGCCAGGGGUCACAGGCGCUGGUGAACAGCUAACAAGCAGCAGGAGGAGAUUGUUAGGUGUGCCUUGGACCAGGUUGGCUUGGAAAGGACACCAGAGCCACCUGAUGGUCCAGAAGCUUGUGUCCCCAAGCUUACUGUCUCCCUGGCUCCGGGAGAAGGAUUCGAUUCGUUGUCUCACCUCUUGGUAAUGUACAUUAUCUACCUUCCUUCCUCUUUGGAUUUUACAGUGUUAAAAGAAUAGGAACGACAGAGGGGUCAGGGUUGCAAAAGUAUUCAAACGGGACUGUUUCUGACUAAGUAGAAAUUGCAUAAACGUUCCCUUUAUACCUUCUAGGAGAUGCUAGAAACUGAAAAAUAUGACCACCAAGAUUCAUUUCCUCAAAGUGUGAGGUAGCAGUAACCCUUUGUAUUCCUUUGAAUGAGAGACUCCUGCUUAGCAUGGCUGCCCAGUAUAUUGACUAAAUGUAUUUUACCAUUAUAUGGAUAUGUGUUCACUGAUUCAAAGGUGGGGUGUAACCUGCUCAAAAUCUUUGCCUGAGGAUAGGUUCAGAGCACCUUAAAGAGGAGGGAAGAGGGAAGAGAGGUGCUUAAACAUAGUGUGGAAGAUGUGUUAAGAUCCUUACAGACCCAAAGAAACUAGAUAAAAUGACAAACCUUGUGUUUUAGUUCUGACUUUGAGAAGGUUGUAAACAAGUAAAGAGUUUAGACAUUUUGUUUGCUAUCAGCUUUAGAAAAUUGAAUUCUAACAGGAUGUAUACUUGUGGGUGUAAAGGAAAAUGCGCUUUGUUCUAAUAGAAAAUGCCACAGUGGCUUACACACCUACAGCAGGAUUUGGGGAAACCGCAGUUCCAACCUGAGAUAGUUAGCUUCUGCAGCAGGAAGGCUGGCUAAACUGAGUUCUGAGAUGCAUGUUGGACACCUGAUAGUGCACCCUUUCGCGGGACCGUAUUCUCCCUCCCUUCUCUCCUCCAAGCGGCUUGUGGUCCAGGGCGGAGAGUAAGCAAACUCUAAAGCAGAAAAGGGAGUUGAGAGACUAGUCUCCUAGUCUCUCAGUGUUUCUCCUGUGCCUACUAAACAGUCUUCCCUACCGGGAAUCUUAUCUUACUGUCCUUGACCUCAAGCUUGACUUACUACAAUUGAGUUUUUAGAGUUUAAAUUUAAAGAUCCAUGUUGACAUAGCAUAGUGCCUUUGUAGCAGGCUGCCUGUGAGAGUUCUCAGGCUGAGGCCUCAGGACAGAAGUUCUAAACACUUUAGGGCUCUCUCCUCACUCUGUAGUUGGAGUUGAUUCUCAUGAGCCUUUGUUUUUGAUGCAUUUCGAGGUUUGUGUGUUUACAGGUGCAGACCACACAGUCCUCAAGAUUGUACACUUGGAUUUUAAUACGAUUUCAAAAUUGUAAUUUUGUAUUCUCUAGCAUAAAAAACAGGAUAGAAGCGUGACUAACUUCUGGAGUACGGUAGAGUGACACUGCGGAUGUGAAGUUGAGCUUCGAGGGUGCUGACAAACCAUCAGAUGGGUAGUUAGUUGCCCAGGUGUCUUCAUAGAAGAGCUGCUGACACUGGCUUUGGAAGAGCUCCUACCUGGGCUUCUAAUAGCUUCAGGAGAGAGAAUAGGAAGGACAGAGCUGCACCGGGAACACCAAGCCACAGGUCCCAACAGCCUCUCCUUGCAAGGCUUGCCUGUGGGGCGGUGAGUGCAGGCUGGAUUGCCUGUGGGGUGGUGAGUGCAGGUUGUUUUCCAUCUCUGUUCGGGAGGAACUUUGAGGUGAUUUUGAGGGCUGGGAGAAGCUGAGAAUACUUGCUGAGUUGCUUCUCAGAGAGAGCUAUUGGACUUCACUUUGCAGUUUUUACUUUCAGAUAGGUGAAAGAGAGUUGUGGAUUCCAAUUGAUAAAGCUACACCCAGCCCUAAAGGGCUUCCUAGGUUUUUCUGUUUUUGUUUUUUAAUGCUUUCAGAUGUGUAGAAGAAGAAUCUGUGCAGUAGAUAGAUGUUCUUUGGCUCCAUAGUUCAGAGCACUUUGUCAGACGAUUGGUCACUGUUGGGAUAGAUUUGUGACAGUCCUGAGAAAAUACUUUUCUUGAAAUCAUGUCAUUAUUACUCAAGAAUCAUUGUGUAUGAUUGGUUUAAAUAAUACCUAGUUUAAAUGGCUGAAUGUACAAUAAAAUAGCAUUUAUAUGUCCUUUUGUAUAUAGGGAUUUUUAAAACUAGGAAUCCCAGGGCGUGGUGGUACAUGUCUGUGGUCACAGCACUUGGUAGUGGAACCAGGGGGAUGAGGAACACAGUGUCAUCCCUGCCUGGAAUAUGUAAGAACCUGUUUCCAAAGAACAGCAGAAUUGCUCCUCCAGGAGGGAGUAAGGGCAUAGCUAGCUCGCUGAAGCCUUAAGCUUCGUUCUGCACUCCAUACACUCCACUUUUUUUUUUUAGUAAAAAGCAGAUUGUAGUUUACAGUAGUAGCUCGCUAAAGUAGUUGCAGGAUAAGAGUUUUAUGGAGUUAGAUGCAGAAGACUGUUAAUUGUAGGGUGCAGAAGGCAGUGAUUUUUCUAAAACUUAGCAACUAAAGAGUUUCAUAUUCUUUCUUUCACCCUGGCCUCUUUGAUAACACAACCUGGCUAGUAUUUUGUGAUGUUCUAGAGCUGUGUCCAACUUAGGAUAUUCUUGAAGUAAUACUAGAAAUGAUAGCUUUUCAGAGCUCCCAGAUGGCUUGACAACCUUUGAUAAGUGGGACAUGGUGAGAUUUCUGUUGUUAGUUGGUGCAGAAGUUCAGGUUGAAGUGUCCAGCUGUCAGGUGGUUAUAUCAAUCAUUUUCCAGCUUAGCUUGUAUCUUUGAUGAUCAUUCUUUGUGCUCUGCUUGAAGCUACACACUUAAAAGAGCUUUGUGAACAAUUUUGUACUUUGUUUUGGCAUUAAAGAUCUCUUGGGUUACAGCUCACUGCAGCAGAAGGUGAUAGAAGGAGUCCUGUGCCUGCCCCUGAGCUGCAGCUAAGGAACAAGGAAUGGCGUGGGGUAUUUCACAUCUGGCAUAUAGGUGAUGUGUGGUUUAUGAAUCAAGCCCCCAAACUGGCUUUUCCCUUUGCUUGUUGUAGGCUCUUAGACUGAAAACUCUGUGGGUGAACAGUGCGCUCCAGAAUAGCUUUUGAAUGCAUUACCUCAUUUCCCAUUGAUCCUUUACUGAUGAUACUUUACAAGGUAAACUUAAUAUGUUUAUUGUAUCAACGUCCAACACUGAAUCAUAGUCUGGCUCACCGUGGUUAGUGUGGUUGGUGCUGAUCCUCCCAGUGACCACUAGCUGCACUUUGACCUGGGCUUUUACCACCUGUUUUCUCUCUUGCUUCCGUGUAGAAAUCAGGUUUUAUAAGAAAUCUGGUUUUCAAAGUGUUGGCACCAAGGGCCAAGUGAGGUGUGUCUAGAUCAGCUAGAGCUCUCAUUUUGUAACUUUCAAGUUAGUUAAUUGGAUUUCAGUGGCUGUUCCAAACCUCUUUAGGCAUUCAUAUAGACAAAGUCCACCUUAUUUAUUCGUCAUUGGUUUAUAAGGGACUAAUUACCUACUCAGUAAACAUGAAACAUGUUCAGUUCACAAAAAUAACAAUAAAAAAAGCCCAGUUUGAGAUUGUUGGAUUCUGUGAGGCUUUUAAGUAGGCAAAAGUGUGCAUGAGAUGCUUUAGAGGUGCAUAGAACUUAGCAGAGUCUGACAGUGUAAGCUGUGAGGAACGGCAUCUACAGCUUACACUUUCUUGAUUGUUGGAUUAUUUGAAGCAUGCUUAGCUUGACCUUUUGUUUCUCCUUUGUCUUUUUACCUCCCUGUCCAGGUAGCAUUUCCACUGUGUUAACCAGGCUGGCCUCGAACGCGUAUCGUUCCUCCUGCCUCAGCCUCAGCCUCCUGAGCACUGCUUUGACAGGAUUAAGCCACUGAGCCCUGCUCAUCAGGUCUGCUUGGUUUGUACCCGUUUUAUUAGCUUCUUAGGGUUGGAAGUAGUGCAUCCAGGCAGUGCUGCCCUGUCUGAAAAUGGCGUUUCUGGCCAGGGAACACUUAGGAAGGUGGUAACCGUUAACCCGUGAUCCUCCGAGUAUAGCUCUAGGAAAAGCAGUGACCUGCUUCCUCAGUCAAGACUGUUGUGACUAGCUCUGGGUUUCUAGAGUAGGGACCAUGUUAGGACCUUGACUAAUCUUUUCCUUUUGUCUGUCUCCCUUCUUUACUCCUACUCCAGAUACCUGACAUCACAUUGCAGAUUUGAACCCUCAGAUCCAGGUUCUUGUGAACAUACCUUUCGGCUAUGUUUCAGUUGACUUGUUUGGCUCGCCUUUGCCCUAAUCAUUUCUUCUGUGAUUACAGUGUCCCUGCUAAGGGAGUCUUUACUCAAGUUUUGAAUGCCUAAGAGAUUGGUGCUUAGGUAAGGACUUAAGGACAACUGGAAGUGAAAGCAUAAACGGUAACCGAGUGUCCCCUGGAGCCCUCCGCUUCAGGACCUGGCCCUUAGCUGCCUUCCUCCCAGAGUCAACGGGAGUCUGUUUGGCUUUGUUUAGAUUUCACUUUUGGAAAUGUUCUCCUUGACAUCUAUUUUGGCCAUUAAAUUCUUUCAUUUUCUCAGGUGCAGCAAUGGGAGCCAGAUUGCUGUGUCCGUAGCCAAGAGUGUAGUGCUGUGGAUGCUCAGUGGCUGGGAAGACGUUCCCACCAGGAAUGUGCAGUUCUUGUUUCUGUUAGAAAGUACAGAAAUGGCUAACAUCUCCAAUAAGUGGAUUACAGAUAUAAAACAUCCAGUGGGGACUGGUUUUGAUUCAGUUUUCAGGGUUGGUACAAUAGGCUUCACUAGACUUAGCUGCAACUCAGAAUUUCUCCUCCAGCACCUGAGUAAAUGCUGAUGGUCUUGUGGAGAGUGGAUUAAGAGUACGAGCUAAGUUCUCAAUCCCAAUUGAGAAGCGGAGGAAAUUUAAACUGUCUCCUUCCAAGUUUAUCACAGCCACCACCAUCAAGACAGCAAACUAAAGGACAGAGACUUUGAACUGCUGUGCUGCUCUGUGUAGUCCAGUGCACGCAUGGUUUACAGACUUGGCUGGGGUUACUAAUAAGUAAAUAAAAAGCUGGACGCUCUGUCAUUCGGACAUUUCAUUCACAAGUUACCAGAAUGAGGGCUGUACUGGAGGCAGCAGACAUUGCCGUAGUGGCCCUGUAUUUUAUCCUGGUCAUGUGCAUUGGUUUUUUUGCCAUGUGGAAAUCUAAUAGAAGCACUGUGAGUGGAUACUUCCUGGCCGGGCGCUCUAUGACCUGGGUGGCAAUUGGUGCCUCUCUGUUUGUGAGCAAUAUUGGGAGUGAACACUUCAUUGGGCUGGCAGGAUCUGGAGCAGCAAGUGGAUUUGCAGUGGGCGCAUGGGAAUUCAAUGCCUUACUGCUCUUGCAACUUCUGGGAUGGAUUUUCAUCCCUAUUUACAUCCGGUCAGGGGUAUAUACCAUGCCUGAAUACUUGUCCAAGAGGUUCGGUGGCCAUAGGAUUCAGGUGUAUUUUGCAGCCUUGUCUCUGCUUCUCUAUAUCUUCACCAAGCUCUCAGUGGAUCUGUAUUCAGGUGCCCUCUUUAUCCAGGAGUCCUUGGGUUGGAACCUUUAUGUGUCUGUCAUCCUGCUCAUUGGCAUGACUGCUCUGCUGACUGUCACCGGAGGCCUUGUUGCGGUGAUCUACACAGACACUCUACAGGCUCUGCUCAUGAUCAUUGGGGCACUCACACUUAUGGUUAUUAGCAUGAUGAAGAUUGGAGGGUUUGAGGAAGUUAAGAGAAGGUACAUGUUGGCCUCACCCAAUGUUGCUUCCAUUUUGUUGAAGUACAACCUUUCCAACACAAAUUCUUGUAUGGUCCAUCCUAAGGUGAAUGCCCUAAAAAUGUUGAGAGAUCCAACAGAUGAAGAUGUUCCAUGGCCUGGAUUCAUUCUUGGGCAGACCCCAGCCUCGGUAUGGUAUUGGUGUGCUGACCAAGUCAUCGUGCAGAGGGUUCUAGCAGCCAAAAACAUUGCUCAUGCCAAAGGCUCCACUCUAAUGGCUGGUUUCUUGAAGCUUCUACCAAUGUUUAUCAUAGUUGUACCAGGAAUGAUUUCCAGGAUACUGUUUGCUGAUGAGAUAGCUUGCAUCAACCCAGAACACUGCAUGCAAGUGUGUGGAAGCAGAGCUGGGUGCUCCAAUAUUGCUUACCCACGCCUGGUGAUGACGCUGGUUCCUGUGGGCCUUCGGGGCCUGAUGAUGGCAGUGAUGAUUGCAGCUCUGAUGAGUGACUUGGACUCCAUCUUUAACAGUGCCAGUACCAUAUUCACCCUCGAUGUGUACAAACUUAUCCGCAAGAGUGCAAGCUCCCGGGAACUAAUGAUUGUGGGCAGGAUAUUUGUGGCUUUUAUGGUUGUCAUCAGCAUAGCAUGGGUGCCGAUUAUUGUGGAGAUGCAAGGAGGCCAGAUGUACCUUUACAUCCAGGAGGUGGCAGAUUAUCUGACCCCUCCUGUGGCGGCCCUCUUCCUUCUGGCAAUUUUUUGGAACCGCUGCAAUGAGCAAGGGGCUUUCUAUGGUGGGAUGGCAGGCUUUGUUCUUGGAGCUGUCCGCUUGAUACUGGCUUUUACCUACCGUGCCCCUGAGUGUGACCAACCUGAUAACAGGCCGGGCUUCAUCAAAGACAUCCAUUAUAUGUAUGUGGCUACAGCAUUAUUUUGGAUCACAGGACUCAUUACUGUAAUUGUUAGUCUUCUCACACCACCUCCCACAAAGGGUCAGAUUCGUACUACUACCUUUUGGUCAAAGAAGACCCUGGUGACAAAGGAGAGCUGCUCUCAGAAAGACGAACCAUACAGAAUGCAAGAGAAGAGUAUUCUCCAGUGCAGUGAGAACAGUGACGUCAUCAGCCACACUAUUCCCAAUGGGAAGUCUGAAGACAGCAUUAAGGGACUGCAACCUGAAGAUGUUAAUCUGCUGGUGACAUGCCGAGAAGAGGGCAACCCAGUGGCUUCCAUGGGCCAUUCAGAGGCAGAAACACCAGUAGAUGCUUAUUCCAAUGGGCAAGCAGCUCUCAUGGGGGAGAGAGAGAGAGAGAAGGAAAAAGAAAAUAGAAGCCAGUAUUGGAAGUUCAUAGACUGGUUUUGUGGCUUUAAAAGUAAAAGCCUUAGCAAGAGGAGUCUCAGAGACUUGAUGGAUGAGGAGGCUGUUUGUUUACAGAUGUUAGAAGAGACUCCACAAGUUAAAGUGAUACUAAACAUUGGACUUUUUGCUGUGUGUUCCCUUGGAAUUUUCAUGUUUGUUUAUUUCUCCUUAUGAAUGUAAGGAUAUGGUGAGACACUUAAGAGAAAAUAGUGGUCUUUAAAAAGAAAAAUGUAACUGUUGACCUCUCAGGCAUUGUUUAAGGUUUUAGCCAAAUUCUUCUUAGCAGAAAAAUCAUCUAUUUGCAAGACUAUGUUCCCAGAGAUGGAGGAAAAGUAAAUCUUCAACUUAUAUGAAACAAAGCGGGAUGGAUUGUGCAAAAAAAAUGUGGUUUUAGAGUUUUCCGUACCAAAGUAAGGAGAAACCAAUUAUUCUCAUAUAUCACUUAGGACAGAACAUGUACUAAGGUAUCCUGAGUAAAGUGUCUUGUCUACAUUGCCAAGUCUUGGUAGACCUUAUGCUGAAGUAAAUUUGCUCAUUUAUAAGGUUUUUGUCUCUAAUCCCUGCUAUAGUUAAAAAAUGAAUUUGUAGAGACUGUAUGAUUAGUUACGUCCUGAAAGUCUAAUGUGUUGUGCACUAAUGACUUGAGGAUAACUUUGUGUGUGGUUGGUCAUUAGCAUGAGUCUAUGGAUUCUGCUUGCCGAGAGAAUGGAGGAGUGUUUUCCUGCGGGUCCUUUUGUACUGCUUGUAUGAAAAUGUGAGCAUCCAGUUUGGAGCAGACUUUGUUUCCAUCCCCUCCCUCUGUUUUUUUUUCCUACUUAAACUGAACCAUACUCAACUGACUACCACGUCUGUCUGUAAUUUUGUUUUUAAUUAGGGGGGAGUAAAUACUGCUGAUGAUCCCUGCAUUUAUUGUUCAGAUAAGGAUAUUUUAAAAUAUAGUUUGAGAAUUACCAGCUACCAUGCAAUGACUGAUAAAUUUAAUGCUAAGUAGAUGAUGAAUCAUUUUUCUACCUGCUUUCUAAGCUGCUUCCUUGUCAUUUUGUAACAUUCCUUAUUUGCCCAAUGCCUUCC